AUGAGUAACUUACAAAAAAGAAACAAAUUCGAAGGGAGAAAAAGGGCUUUACAAAAUGGACAAGAGAAUGCUAUUCUUCAAAAGCUAGGGGUUGAAAAGUAUGAAUACGGAGGCUCGCGUCUAGGCUGGCUGAUUAAUAUGAGUAAGACACAUUUGCCAAGUAGUCGACAUAAGUCCGGUAAAUCUGCCGUCGACUUGUUUUUCAUUGAACCUAAGGGAGAGAAAGGAGAAGUCAAGUCUUACUUUAGCUGCACAAUCGAAUAUAAUCCGUAUUUCUAUGUACAAAGCAAGCCAGGGAAAGAAAACGAAACAAUCGAAUACCUUAGAAGGAUGUACGACCAAAAUAUAUACGAUUGUUCGGUAGUCACGAAACAAGAUUUGAAGAAGGCAAAUCAUCUGAUUGAUGGAAGACGAAAUUAUAUUAAACUAGAGUUCUGGAAUGUUGCUGACUUGUUAUUCGUUAGAAAUAAAUUAACACACAUUGUGAAAGAGAAUCAAAAGAAAUUAGACGCCGUUAAUGUUUACAAGGAUCAGACAAG